UCUUUUCAGGCCUCAAGUAUAGAUUUUCAAUGUUAUGUUGAACCAAGUAAUUGGUUAGUUGAAAUGGAGGAAGACAAAGCUUAUGACCAUCUUUCCUUUUCCGUCAACAUCAACUUUUAUUAUUCAAUUUCCUUUUAUCACUUUGGUCAAGAGGAGGGGCAGAAAAUUUUGAGUUGGAGUCCCAUUCAGACACAAUUCAUUUCUGCUUUCCAUCUUACAGACCCUCACUAACCCAUGGGACUCGGUUGGAAGGACUAACUUCUUCACCUCAUUUUUGGGUCAGCUUUCUCCACUGGCGUCCCUGCGAGUUGCAGGUACAGACAUGAGCAAUGAGGAAGUGACUUACUCCACCCUGAGAUUUCUUCCGUCUCCUUCAGAGUCACAAAAUAGAUUAAGGCCUGGUGGUACUCAAAGGCCUGACAAAGGGUUUUCAGUGCCCUGGCAUCUCAUUGCAGUGACUCUCGGGAUUUUCUGUUUACUUCUGUUGAUGGCAGUCACUGUGUUGGGGACAAAGAUUUUUCAGUAUUUUCAAGAAAAACAUCAACAGGAGGAGAUUCUACGAAACCUCAGUCAAAAGUACCACAUUAUGCGAAAUGAUUACUACAUAAAGGAGCAACAUUUAACAAAUAAGUCUUUAGAAUAUGACAUUUUCAAAAAUGAAACCCUUCAGCAGGAAAAGGAUCUGGACUUACUCUUUAGAGAAAAGAGAAGAUGUCAUAGAAAAAAGAUCUUUUCAAAGUCUUUGCAAAAUACAGGCAAAAUCUAUGAAGACCACUGGUCCUGUUGUGGAGCGAAGUGUUAUUAUUUUACCACUAAAAAUCAAGACUGGAAGAAAUGUAAACAGACUUGCCAAAAUUGCAGUUGGUCUCUUCUGAAGAUAGAUGAUGAAGAUGAACUGGUCUUCGUUCAAUCCCAAGCUUAUCAAAAUAACUAUUGGAUUGGAUUAUCAUAUAAUAAAAGGGAAAGUAAAUGGAAAUGGAUUGACACUGGCAUAUCUUCUGGAAUGAGUUUUACAUUAAUGAGUUUGCCUUUUGGGAAAGGGGAAUGUGCAUUUUUAUCUUCAACAAGAAUAACAACUAUUGAUUGCUCCAAUACCUACAAGUGUAUCUGUGAGAAGAGGAUCAUACUUUCUCCGCCUCCUUAAAGGAGGUCCAUUUACGGAAACAGAUGAGCUGGAAAAGAAAGAAAAUUUCUUUUGGGCAAUGAUUUAAGAGAUCAGAUGCCAUGUGUCUCCUUGGGGGAGCAAGAAAGAUUUUGUCUUUGAAGAGCAGUUACACUGUUCUUCAGUGGCCCUGAGAAAUUCUCUUUUUCUUUCCCUGAACCAGCUACAGAACCAAUUAGAAAGCUCUCAAAAAUAGCCUGGGUACUUUCCUUAUCAAGAGGAUGAGUCAAUUCAAUAGCCUCAGGCUCUCAGAGAUAGCACAGUUAAUGAUUAAAGAAUAGUUAUCUUGCACCCUUCUCCCAUCUACAUGCUUACUUCUCAUUUUAAAAACUUAAAAAAAUUUUUGCUAUAAUUUCAAACUUACUGAAUAGUUGAAACAAUAGUAUAAGGAACUCUCAUAUAACCCACAGUUACCAUUUGCUUACAUUUUGUUCUAUCGGCUCUUUACAGUUCUCCCUCCUUCCCCGUCUGCUUCCCCUGCUCUUUGACGAUUCUUUUGGUAUAAAUGUCCAUUUAUACCAUUGGCAUUCCAUUAUGUCCCUUUGUCUAAAUAUUUUAAAAGAACAAGGAUUUGUCUUGUACAAUCAUAUUACAAUUUUCAAAACCAGGAAAUUAAGCACUGAUACAGUGCUAUGAUUUCAUCUGUAACCCAUAUUCAAAUUUUGUCAACUGUCCCAAUAAUGUCAUUUAUAAGUGUUUUUCGUCCAUGUUCAGGAUCAUGUGAAACAUUUAGUUGUCAUGUAUCUUUAGUGUCCUUUAAUCUGGGACAGUUCUUCAGGAUUUCUUUGUCUUUCCUGACAUUGACAACAUUUUAAAAAUCAAGUUUAUUGAAUUAUAUUUUCAUGCAAUAAUAUGCAUCCAUUUUAAGUCAUGAAGUCAAUGGGUUUUUAACAAAUGUAUACACUUCUUAAUCACCAUCAAAUCAAGACGGAACAUUUCCAUCACCUCCAGAACUUCCUUUCCCUGCCUCACCACCCAACUGGCCCCAUGCAACCAGAGAUAUGCUUUUUGUCACUAUUAAUUAGUUUUUCCUAUUAUAGAAUUUCAUACAUCAGGCACUCUGAUAUGUGGCUUCUUUAUGUCCAGCAUGUUUUUGAAGUUAAUCCAUGUUCUUUUGUGUAUCAGUUGUACAUUCUUUCGGUUACAAUUUGCUCACCCACCAAUGGGCAUUUGAUGUAUUUUCUAUUGGGAGCUAUUAUGAAUAAACCUGCUGUGACUAG